UUCGGUAUGUUCGAAAACUAGAACCUACAAUUCCACCAGCGGAAGCACACGGGACCGUAGAAACAACUCCACACCCAAACUUAUUAAGUUGCCCCACUAUAUUUAUAUAAGCCCAAAAACCAUAAUAAUAAUAAUAAUAAUUCGAAAAAAACAAAAAAAAAAGGGAAAUAAUCGUCGUCGCUGUUCCUCAACCAAAAACCCUAAUUUUGUAGAUCGAAGAGGAGAGAGGAGAGAUGAUACUCGUGGCGAUCGUAGCGGAGCUGCUGCAGGAGUACACGGUGCUCGUGGCGAGGGUUCUGGAGCAGCUGCUCCACGACGCGCCGUUCCCGCGGCGGAUGCGCUUCCUCAUCCUGCGGAGCAUCCCCUUCGCCUCGCCGCCGCCGCCGCUCCCCGCGCCGCACUACGCCCUCCGCGUCACCACCCGCUGAAUCCCAAACCUCCCCAGGGUUAGGGUUAGGGUUAGGGUUAGGGUUAGCUCUUUUUUUUUUUUCUUUUUUUUUUGGGUGCAUCUGCUAACUAGAUCUCUUGCUUUGCUUUUGCUUCUAUCGACUCUUCGCGUGUCUCUAGGAAUUGUACAUUCCCCCCCUCUCGCUCUUAAUUGUGUGUGACUGAUCACGGGAUUUCGUCGAGGUUUUGAUAAAUUAUGUUCUCUAAUUUCUUCGGUUUUUGCCCCGAGUGGUUUUCUCAGCUUUAA